GGCGGGGUGGGACGGGGCCGUGGAGCCGCUCCGCCAGCUCGGGCAGCGCCGUCCUCGCCCGCCCUCCCCGCGCCGAGGCUGCCCACGGAAUGAGCGUCCCCCGGGCGGCUGCCGCUGCCGCCUCCACUCGGGCUGCGGCGGGCGGGCAGAGAGCGCGGCUGCCGGCGCGGUCGCUGCGGCGGGAGCGGAGUGAAUGACCGAGAGGAGCGGCGCGGAGAGGCAGCCUCGGGAUCAGGAUGCGGGCGCCCGCCAGCAUCCUCAACCUCCUGCUGCUGUCCUUGCUGGCCGGCCUCGAUCCCUCCAAGACUCAGAUUAGCCCCAAGGAAGGGUGGCAAGUUUAUAGUUCAGCCCAGGAUCCUGAUGGCCGUUGCAUUUGCACUGUUGUUGCACCUGAACAAAACUUAUGUUCGAGAGAUGCCAAAAGCAGGCAACUCAGACAACUAUUAGAGAAGGUUCAGAAUAUGUCCCAAUCUAUUGAAGUUUUAAAUCUACGGACUCAGAGGGAUUUCCAGUAUGUUUUAAAAAUGGAAACACAGAUGAAAGGGCUGAAGGCCAAGUUUCGGCAGAUUGAAGAUGAUCGGAAGACGUUAAUGACAAAGCACUUUCAAGAGUUGAAAGAAAAGAUGGAUGAGCUUCUGCCACUGAUCCCAGUUUUGGAGCAAUACAAAACUGAUGCCAAGUUGAUCACACAGUUCAAGGAGGAAAUUAGGAAUCUGUCUACUGUGCUCACUGGGAUUCAGGAAGAAAUUGGUGCUUAUGACUAUGAGGAACUACACCAGCGCGUAGUCAAUUUAGAAACCAGGCUUCGUGACUGCAUGAAAAAGCUCACAUGUGGCAAAUUGAUGAAAAUUACAGGCCCCAUUACAGUGAAGAUAUCUGGAACCCGAUUUGGAGCCUGGAUGACGGAUCCAUUGGCAUCAGAGAAAAAUAACCGAGUCUGGUACAUGGAUAGCUACACUAACAAUAAAAUCGUCCGUGAGUACAAAUCAAUCGCAGACUUCGUCAGUGGGGCCGAAUCAAGGACAUACAACCUUCCAUUCAAAUGGGCAGGAACCAACCACGUUGUCUACAAUGGCUCCCUCUAUUUCAACAAGUACCAGAGCAACAUCAUCAUCAAGUACAGCUUCGACACGGGGCGGGUGCUGGCGCAGCGUAGCCUGGAGUACGCUGGCUUCCACAAUGUCUACCCUUACACCUGGGGUGGCUUCUCUGAUAUCGACCUGAUGGCAGAUGAAAUUGGGCUGUGGGCUGUGUAUGCCACCAACCAGAAUGCAGGCAACAUUGUCAUCAGCCAGCUGAACCAGGAUACGCUGGAGGUGCUGAAGAGCUGGAGCACGGGCUACCCAAAGAGAAGUGCUGGAGAAUCCUUCAUGAUCUGUGGCACCUUGUAUGUCACUAACUCGCACUUAACAGGAGCCAAGGUCUACUAUUCCUACUCCACAAAAACCUCCACUUAUGAGUACACAGACAUUCCUUUCCAUAAUCAAUAUUUUCAUAUAUCCAUGCUUGACUACAAUGCAAGAGAUAGAGCUCUCUAUGCCUGGAAUAAUGGACAUCAAGUCCUGUUUAACGUCACCCUUUUCCACAUCAUUAAAACUGAGGAUGACACAUAAUUUUAUUUCCCUUACCUCCCUCCCUCACAGCAGUCUCAUUUGUGAUUAACUCUAAAAGCAUCCAUCUCUCUCAGUUCCUUUUAAUUUACAUUUCUUUCUUCAUUAAACAAAAGCAACAUUUUCUACUAUGUAAUGCAUCUCAAAUAUGGCUGAACCUGUCAGAAAUGACCUGUCAGAAAUAAAAAGCAUCUUAACUGCAAGGUCUGUCAAGACCUUGUCUUGAAAAGCACUAAGGAGGAUUUAAAUGGCUAAAGACAGUUUUUAAAAGAUUAUGAUCUGCCUUAUUUUAGAGUCAGAGACUAAUGGUGGCUUAAAUGCAUGAAUGUCUUUUUUUACCUCAUUUUUCGUUUUAAUAUAUUGCUUAACUUCAGGAAACAUUUCAGUAGUGUCAGACACAUAUUGCACUUUGUAUUUUUUUAUUUAUUCCAAAAGAAAGAUUUAGUAGGAAUUUAAUUUUCUUAGACAAGGUGUAUGAUUCAUUUUUCCAUCAUCCAAUUUCAGAUGUGGUGCUGUACAGUAUGUUUUUAAAUCUCUUGCAAACAUUUUAUCAACAGUAUGUAUUUCUACCAUUGUAACCACCAUUGUGCAAUUGUAUCUCUUCACUUAUGUGAAAGUCAACUAAGUACUAUUUUUUAUAAAAUAUAUUGAAGCUUAAUUGCA